UCAUGAUUUCACAAGUCAGUGUCCCUCCCAACAAAAGUCACAACCUUUUUCCUCACUUUUCUCCUCCUCUCCAUCAUUCUACUCUCUUCCAUUCUCACCUUACACAGAAAAUAAAAAUAACCUGUUUGUUAUUCAUGUGCACAUUGUUUCACUAACUACAAAGAUAAUUUAUCAACUAGCUAUAGCUUUGUACACACAGUGUGAGUGAUGUGCAACAAGAAUAGUACUCCUCCAACAAAAACAAAAUCGGUUACUAUGAAGAAGAAGAAAAAACAAACCAAUAAAGAUUCAAUUUCUACAUCUUCUACUUCUUCAUCUUCUUCCUCUUCUCUUAAACCUCACCGACGUAGAAACAGAACAAAAACAAGAAAACCAAAGUUUCUAAGUCUCCGUCUACAACUAUCCCAAAACCAAAACAACAAACCCAAAAAAACAACAAAACAACAACAGGAACCUCAACUGAAUCAUCUGUUCCCUCUACACUCAGAAACCGACAUGCAAGAAGAAAACAACGUAGCGUUACUCUUCACCUCCGACGAUGGAGCAACGUUAAACGGUCUUUUAGAAGACGAUUCGACAACGUUAACGGCGGCAACUUCAGGGGAGGAAUCGCUGUCGGUGAUGAGGUGUCCGGCGAUGGAGGGGUUAGUUAGGAAGGCGAUGAGGAAGAGAAGUGAUGAAGGGAGUGAAGAGAGAUGGGUUAGUUAUUCGGAGGUUGUUGAAGAGAAGAAGGAAAUGAUGGAGGAAGUGAAUAGUUGUAUUGGGAUCGAAACGACAUCGUUUGGGUCAUUGUCGUUGAAGCUGGAUCAUGAUGGGAUAUUGAAUGCUUGGUCUGAUAAAGGUCCUCUUUAUGUCGAUGCUGGAGAUGAGGCCCCACAGACGGUUCCUGAUUUGUUCAAUGCUUCCUCCUUUCCUCCCAACAAUGCGUGGGAUGGUUGUGGGUGUGAUGUUGUUGGGAACACAUGGAAAGUUCCUGAAGGUUGUGGAGCUAACGAUAUUAAGGUGAAGGAAGAAAUGGGUUGGAAGCUUGGGCAGAGAGAAGCAAGUUUGCUUAGAUACAAAGAGAAGAGGCAAAGCAGGCUCUUUGCCAAGAGGAUUCGUUACGAAGUUCGCAAGUUGAAUGCUGAAAAGCGGCCUAGGAUGAAGGGACGAUUUGUGAAGAGGGAAUGAAAGUGUAGACUGUAAUAGACCAUUGUUCCAAAUAAGAAUGUUGUCAAUAUUUCAACGUCGAAAUAGAAAUUUUGUGCGAUCUUGAUAAAAUCACGGGGAAGUUUGUGUUCGGACGCUAUACUAAAGCAACAUGUAAGAUCAAAAAGUGUUACUUUUUAUAAAUUCUUAAGUCUCGACCUUUUUUGAGGCUGGAAUGAGUUUGACAAUGUUUUCAGUUUUAAAUCCGUUUGAUUUCGAUCUAAGGGUUUAUAGAAACAGUCAAGCAUGUUGUACAGUGCAGCUAAAUGUAUAUGUUUCCCUGAAGGACUGUCUUUUGGAAUUUCUAACGAAGCUUAUAAUGUUGGAGGGUUAUAACUUCAACACAUUGGGAAACUCAUGGACCAAGUGAGUUGUGUAAUAAUAUUCGACACUGAAAAAACAAUGUGUAAUUAAAUAGUUACUACGAAUGAAGAUUCUUUAUUUUCUUGUUCCAUAGUAAAUCAAAUUAGUUUUAAUGAA